AUGAUGAUGUUGGAUGAUUCGGAUGACUCCAAUGAUGCUGAUGAUGAAGAUGAUGGUUCUGAUGAUGAUGAUGAUGAUGAUGAUGAUGAUGAUGAUGAUGAUGAUUCGGACGUUGAAGAUGAUGAUUAUUCGGAUGAUAGUUAUGCUGUUUCGGAUGAAUCGGGUGACGUUCAUGUUGAUUCGGAUGAAUCGGAUGGAGAUGUUUUUGAUGCUGACGAUUCGGAUGAUCCGGAUGAUUCGGAUGAUUCGAAUGACGAUGAUGAUGAUGAUGAUGAUUCGGAUGAUGAUGAUGAUGAUGAUGAUGAUUCGGGUGAUGAUGAUGAUGAAUCGGAUGAUGAUCAUGAUGAUGACGGUGAUGAAGAUUCGGAUCAUGAUGGUGAUGGUGAUGAUGAUUCGGAUGAUUCGGUUGUUGAUGAUAAUGAUAAUGAUGAUUAUGAUGAAAAUGAUGAUGAUAAUGAUGAUCAUGAUGACGAUGAUGCUCACGAUGAUGAUGAAGAUGAUGAUGAUGGUUAUGUUGAAAAUGACGAUGAUAAUGAUGAUGAUGAUGAUGAUGAUGAUGAUGGUGAUGAUGAUCAUGAUGAUUAUGAUGAUGAUGAUGAGGUUUCGCAUGAUGAUUUUUAUUAUGAUGAUUCGGAUGAUUCUGAUGAUGAUGAUGACGAUGAUGAUGAUGAUUAUGAUGAUGAUGGUGAGGAUGAUGCUGAGGAGUUGGACGAUGAGGAUGAUGAAGAUGGUGCUGAUGAUAAUGAUGAUAAUUCGGAUGAUGAUGAUGAUGAUGAUGAUUCGGAUGAUUCGGAUGAUGAUGAUGUUCAUGUUGAUGAUUCCUAUGGUGAUGAUGAUUCGCAUGAUUCGGAUGAUGAUGGUGAUGAUUAUGAUGAUGAAGAUGAUGAUUCGGAUGAUGAUGAUGAUAAUGAUGAUGACGAUGAUGAUGAUGAUGAUGAUGAUGAUGAUGAUGAUGACGAUGAUUCUGUCGAUGAUGUUUCGGAUGAUUCGGAUGAUGAUGAUUCGGAUGAUUCGGAUGAUGAUGAUAAUGACGAUGAUGAUGAUGAUGACGUUGAUGAGGACGAUGACGAUUCGGAUGAUGAUGAUUUUGAUCAUGAUGAUGAUAAUGAUUCGGAUGAUGAUGAUGAUGUUGGUGAUGAUGAUUCGGAUGGUUCGGAUGAUUUGUUGGAUGAUGGUAAUGAUUCAGUUGAUGAAGAUGAUGAUGAGGAUGAUGUUACGGAUGACGCGGAUGAUGAUCAUACAUAUGAUGAUGUUGAUGAUUCGGAUGAUGAUGGUGAUGAUGAUGAUGAUUCGGAUGACUCCAAUGAUGCUAAUGAUGAUGAUGAUGGUUCUGAUGAUGAUGAUGAUGAUGAUGAUGAUGCUGAUGAUGAUGGUGCUGAUAAUGAUGAUGAUGUUUCGGAUGAUGGUGAGUCGGCGAAUGAUGAUGACGAUGACGAUGAUGAUACUUAUGAUGAUGAUCUUGAUGAUGACAGGGAUGAUGACGAUGAUGAUCAUUCCGAUGAUGAUAAUGGUGAAUAUGCUGAUGAUGAUGUUUCGGAUGAUGAUGAUGUUGAUGGUGUGGAUGAUGAUGAAGCGGAUGACGUUAAAGAUGAUUCCGAUGAUGAGGAUGAUGAUGAGGAUGAUGCUACGGAUGAUUCGGAUGAUGAUCAUAACAAUGAUGAUGAUGAGCACUCGGAUGAUGAUGGCAAUGAUGAUGUAGAUGAUGAUGAAGAUGACGAUAAUGAGGAUGAUUUGGAUGACUCGGAUGAUGAUUAUGAUUAUUCGGAAGAUGAGGAUGAUGAUGAGGAUGAUGCUACGGAUGACUUGGAUGAUGAUCAUAAAGAUGAUGAUGAUGAGCACUCGGAUGAUGAUGAUGAUGAUGAUGAUGAUGAAGAUGAUAAUGAUGAUUCGGUCGAUGAUGAUGAUGAUGAUGAUGAUGAUGAUGAUGAUGAUGAUGAUGAUGAUGAUGAUGCUGAUGAUGAUGUUGAUGGUGAUGAUGAUGUCGAUAAUGAUAAUGACGAUGAUGUUGAUGAUGAUGAUUCGGAUGAUUCGGAUGAUGAUGAUCAUGAUGAUUAUGAUGAUGACGAUGAUUCGAUGAUUCGUGACGAUGAUGUUAUUGAUGAAGAUUCGGAUGAUUCGUUUGAUUCGGAUGAAGAUGUUGAUGAUGAUGAUGAUGCUGAUGAUGAUAAUGAUGAUACUGAUGAUGAUGAUGAUGAUGAUGAUGAUGAUGAUGAUGAUGAUGAAGUUGAUGAUGACGAUUCGGAUGAUGAUGAUGAUGAUGAUGAUGAUGAUAAUGAUUUGAAUGAUGAUGAUAAUGAUCAUUACUCGAAGCAUGAUGAUGAUGAUGAAUCGGAUCAUGAUGAUGAUAAUGAAGAUGAUGAUGUUGAUGGUGAUGAUGAUGCUGAUGAUGAUUUGGAUGAUGAUAAUGAUUGUGAUGAUUCGGUUGAUUCGGAUGGUGAUGAUGAUGAUGAUGAUGCUGAUGGUGAGGAGUUGGAUGAUGAAUGUGAUGAUGAAGUUGAUGACGAUUAUGAUGAUGAUUCGGAUGAGGAUGCUGAUGACGAUUCCGAUGACGAUGAUGAUGAUGAUGACGAUAAUGACGAU